GAGCGCGACGCGCAUUCGAAGCUCGCUCGUCGUUCCGCACCUCGUACGCGCGUACUUAUCGCGAUCCAUUCGUUCGUUCGUCGUUCGUUCCGUCGUGCGUUCACUGGUACGUGUAUCUCUACGCGUCGCGAAGACGGGCAAUGUUCCCGCGACCGCACGCGUUGACGUUGUAACCGCGAAUAAACGAGACGCCGCCGAACGUCCCGAGGUGUUGUGGAAUCUGCACGGUGCGCUUCGGAGAUUUAUUCCGGUCUGUCAGUGUGUCGGAUGUUGCUCGUUCUUUUCGCUGUGCCGUGAGGCAAUGGGAACGGGAUAGUCUUGCUAAAGUGUCGGAAGAAUUUUUGUCAUCAGGAGCGUCACUCGCUUUAGUCUCCCGAUUCCUCGGUACGUCUCUUGUCGAUUCUCGUGGUUCAGCCUGUGAAGUGCCGAUUCGCGCUCCAGAGAGGAAAUUCGAGGAGGUGGUGUACGAAGAAAUGCGCGACGCGGACGAGAAGUUGAUGUUCGAUUUCGUCGCGGCGAAACUGCAGUUUCUUCGCGUAACGGUGCAUCGUCGAUGCUGAAUCGCGCGCCGGGCACGUCCGCGGUGGUGGUGGCGGUGCUCGAGCGGACUCUUUCGCGCGGAUGACAGCUGGACGUUCUCGCCGCGAGAGUGACAGUGAGAUCCUCGAGCUCAGUUGAGCUGGGAAGAGACGAGUCUCUCGCGUCGCCGAGAGUUCGAGACACGCCGUCGGUGAUAUCCGGCGAGGACUACUGCGCGAAUCGAGUAGUAAUCAGUAGUGAUGCCGUGAUGGGCUGCAGCUCGAGAUCGUUCUUCCUGACCACGCUCCUCCUCGCGGUUGGAUUACUGUCGAUCGCGCUGUUCGCCGAGAUAUCCUGCGCGACACAUGGACUUGCGAAUCCCCCUGUUGAGCAUCGUGGCGGGUUAAGGCAGCGCCCUGGACCUACGGACUCUCCGAGAGGAGGCUCCGUGAACGAGGCUGGUGUUUUUGCGCUGCGAGGUAGGCAGGAGGGUAGUCGGCGGAUUAGGAGGACUACCACAACAAGCACAACGACGUCCAGCUCGACGUUCAUACCGCUGCCCGACGAAGUGGCGCAGCCCGCGGCUCUUUUGGCUCCCGAGGAGGAAUCAUGGUCCACUAGUUCUUCCACUACGACCAAUGUUGCGUUAUCCUCAGACACGGCGGACGCGUCGUCCAAUCCGCCUAUGGAGCUCGUGGUGAAGCCGCACAGUAAAGUCAUCUUACCUUGCGAACUGGACGGAAAUUAUUCGAGAUUAUUGUUGCCGGGUGCCAGAAGUUACAGAAUACGACCGGCGACAUGGCUGCACGAGGGUAGUCCGGUGGAUAUGAUCACGAUAGACACGAGAACGGAAAUGAGCGGAACCGGGCACCGGUACAUCGGCGAUUCCACCACCGCGGCGUUGCACAUAGACAACGUCAGAUUGGAGGACGACGGUGUGUGGAGCUGCACGCUCGAGGACGACCAGGGGAAGAUCCUCUUCGGUAGACCGGUGAAGCUGGUCGUGCUCGAGGCACCUCGUGGGACGUAUCUGCUGAUAGAUGGCCGCCGGCUGGAUCCCGGAAACCAGUUCGUGCCGGUAAAGGAGGGCUCGGAACUCACUCUCGAGUGCGCAGCCGAGGGUGGAAACCCGCCGCCCAUCUUGGCGUGGGGCAUGACCUUGUCUCAAGCCACUUUAGACGGCCCAGAACAACCGCCGGACAACCUCACCGUAUUGCCCUCAACAUCCGGCAGGCGCAGCGGGGCUCACCUCAAGGUCCUGAGAGGACAUCAUAAUGCCACUAUCGUUUGCGUUGCGCGUCAUAUCACGCUGAUAAUACCGAUGAAUGCCAGCAUCCUGCUCGACGUUCAAUAUACUCCGUCGUUUGCGAUAACGCGUUUACCUGGUUUUGGAAUUCCGAUCGUCGAGGGGAUGUCCGUCAGCCUGAAAUGCGAGGUCGACAGCAAUCCAGCCAGUGCUCCAAUUUGGCAGCGCGACAAUGGUCCGCCCCCCGUGGAGCAGAGCGAUGACGGAUGGUUAAACUUCACAAAAAUCACUCGGGCCGAGAGCGGCUGGUACAAGUGCUAUACGCGGCAUAUGCUCGGCAUUUUCACCAGCAUCGGAUAUUUUCUCAACGUUCGCUAUGAUCCAGAUAUGGAGACCGAGGCGGAAGCGCUGAACGGCGAGGCGACCGAUUCGCGGAAGAUGGAAGUGCAGAUCGGCGGCGCGGUGACCCUCGAGUGCGACGGCGGCUGCUGGGGCCACGGGUCCGGAAUGGAUCCGGUUGGUGGGCCCGGACAUCUUAUUCUGAGCAACGUGGUGUACCAAGAAGCUGGAGAGUAUCGAUGCGUCGCACCCGAUCGGAAAAUGCAGGACACGUGGCGAGCUCAGUUACCCUAUUACAUCAAGGUUACCGGAAGGCCCAUGCUUCUUCCAUCGAGUCAAACGGUGACUGCGAACGAGGGCGAACCUCUGGAUAUCGUCAUUGAGUUCUGCACCGAGCCAAGAUACACAAAGGUGCUCUGGAUGUCGAAAGAGCGCGUGUACACACCGGACGCGCCCUCUCAUGAUGGAGUUCGAGCCUUCGCAAUAGAGGACGGCGGCACGAAAUCAUGUUACAGGACGACUUUGCACUUCGAGACGAUUCAGUGGUCCCACGCGGGAGAGUGGCUGCUGCUGGUCCGUUCGCCGGAAGGGAUCGCCGACGCUUCCGUUCUGCUCAAUGUGACGCGCGCUUCCGGAUACAGCCAUGCCCACGUCCGGUCGGCGAGUAUCACGUACCUUCUGCUCUGUCUGAUCUUGCAGGCGAUCCUGCAGGAGCGCCGUCGCUGAGAUAGUCCCAUGGGGAUCCAGGCGGAAGGAAUCUCGGCGAAACUCCUGGCGAUGCGGAAAGCUCGGAUGUCAACUUUUCCAAGGGAAAAGGGAGGCUUCUCUGUACAUAAUAUCGAAAUCUUUUCCCGAGGAAUUUUCCACGCGCGACUCUCGCGUCGACGAGACGCACAUUCGUCCAACGUGCUAUGUCGAAAUAUUUGUAUAUCCCCAGCGUUGCAAGCACAAUGAAAUUCGAUGGAGGUACGGUUGACGCGCCCUAGGCGCGGUCUACCACGGUCUUGCUAUUCCUUGGAUCUUAUAGCGAGUUCUCUUGCCCUCCGACAACUCCGAAAGACACGUUUACGAAUGCACGAUCGCGAGAAAGGGCGUGGGUCCCUGUCACCAUUGUGCGAAACCUUAGGCAAGCUUGUGUCCGCGCGAACAAAUCCCCCCUAUGCGAUCGAGAUACAGUUAAAAUUCGAUUUCUCUCUGGCCUUAUACGAGAAUAGCGAAGGAAGGAAGAGAUCGCGCGGGCGUAUACUUGAAAAAUACAUACUUAUAUAGAGAGAAAAUUUGUAAACUACGAAUAUCCACGCGCGUUGACAGUCGCGCGAUAAUGUCGCCAUACGACAUGUGUAUAUAUUUGUAUAGGUAAUAAUGAUAAGCCGAUGUUUUGCGAAUUGUGAAACGUGGUAUACCCGCAUAUAGGGAUCAGAACGAAACGGAGACCAAUUCUUUUUUUUUUUUUCUUGCGACUCGCGAAUUUUUCGCGAUUGAACGGGAUGAGAUACAGUUGUCAACUUGUGGCGGAUGCGCUCGAAUAGAUCGACUUCUUGUCGAGUUGUAAUCGUAUAACAUUGUAAAAGCGAGCUCAUAACGAACGCGAUGGGCGAUACUAAUAAUAAUUAUAAUAAUAAUAAAAAUAAUAAUAAUAAAAAUAAUGAAGUAAUAAUGAUUGUGAGUGAGCGGGGAUGAUGCGCAACAAAAAAAAGUUGCAGAUUUUAACGAAGAACAUACGGCCAGAACGACAACGCAUGGGUGUGUGCUGCCGAAUGAGAAAAAUUUAAUUAUGCAACGUCAAAUAUUCCCGAAGAUAGGGCGACUAAAAUAAAUUGUUGUAUAUUAUUUAGGUAAGUAGAGUUUGAUAGCGUGUAUAUAGUGACUGUAAAUGCGUAGGCUAUCGUACGCCCGUACUCGACGAAUUAUACAGGUGACGCUGUUAGAGAUAUAUUUAUUAUUCGUUGAUAUAUUUUUAUAAAGUUUUAUUUAGCCAUAAGUUCUCGUUCGCCUUCCUCCCCCAGAAUAUGCGUUCGCACGAUCAUAACGCGCUCGUUUCGUUAAGAAAAAGAGAGAAAGAGAAAGACAGAGAGAGAGAGAGAGCAAAGCGGCGGUGGCGCUUUGAGUUACGAACUUUUCAACGAGAACUGUUACAAUAAAGUACACUGUGUCCUAUAAACGUCCUAAAUUGAAUCUAGCUGUAGCUCAUCGCGAGAAACAUGGACAGUUGUUGUCUUUACGAUACUUUGAUCUAUCGGAUCGGGCGUGACGGCGCGACGCAGCUGUCCUCUCGUCCCGAUCGAUUCCGCUUCUUUCAAGAGCAUCUCUUUAACGUGACUUUUUCGUAAAUUUGGUGGUUCCUAAUUUCGUAAAGAUAGAAUUUGUACUCGGCUUACCGACAACUAAUGAUAAUCCUUGUAUCGCCGGUUCGUUCUACCAACGCGCGCGAUCGCAGUCGGUACUAGCUAUAGAUACGAAAUAACAUACCUGAUGUCUUCACGUUGAUUUAGUCUACUCGACGAACCCGACUUUUGUUUUCAAAUCGCUAAGGUGUUAUAAGUAAGCAACGUGAUGUAAUCGUUGUACCCAAUGACGCCUAAGAGUCCAAUAAAUGAUAUUUAC